AUGACUAUAUAAAAUGUACACUUAUCUUCAUGAUGCGAUCUAUGAUGUCUUCUUCGUGAAACGCAUAGGGGAGAAGGAGAAAUGUAUCCCCCUGUACGACGUUCUUGCUCUGAUUCACCCACGCCCUCCCUACUUUACGUCGUCCCUAUCGCGUCCGGUGUCCGCUCGAGAAGUCCGUCGCAAAGGUACUUCGGGCACUAUGCACGGGCGAGCUCAGAGCUACGCAGUUCACGCUAUGCAGCUGCUCUAAUGAUCGCGAUAGGCGUUGCGUUGCGAGAUGCGUGGCGGAAGUCGUGCCCUGAAAUCAAGAAAGCAAGCUCGAGUUAGCAUCAGACAAGAAUGUAAAACAUGGUCAGUCAGU